UCACGUGGGCCGCUGCCGAAGCAGUAGUCAAACUCUCCUCCCGACAGCUGCGGUAUGAGGAAGUCGGGGAGAGGCGCGCUCGCCUCGCUGUUCUCCUGAUCCCGAGAGCAGCGAGGGCGGAGAAGACGAGGACGUUGGAGGCGUUCUUCAGCAGCCGGGUGAGGGCGGGCGAGCGAGUCACCGAGAGCGAGAAGCGGCUAAGGGCUCCCGAUGGAGGAGGAAGAGGUGGCUUCGGUGCGCGACGAGUGGCAAGGGGUCGCUCAAAGGAGGAAGGCCUGGGCCAAAAGCAGAGACUCCUGGCAAGCGUCGGAGGCGGAGCGGCUCUCUCCAGAGGCAGCUGAGCCGGCGCCGGAGCAGGAGAUCGCCGGGGGGAAGUUGCCUUUGGCUGCCGAAGGAGCAGGCUCUAUUCCAAAUGAAAAGAUUGCAAUAUGGCUUAAAGAUUGUAGAACGCCAUUGGGAGCCUCACUGGAUGAGCAGAGCAACACAGUUCUAAAGGGCAUGCUGGUGAGAAACGGAGGAAGCUUUGAAGAUGAUUUAUCCCUGGGAGCAGAAGCUAAUCAACUGCAUCAAACCGGCGAGCAAAUGGAAAUCUGUAACGGCAUGUUGGCAAAGGACAAGAGAUUGCAGUUUCAUCAGAAGGGGAGAAGUAUGAAUUCCACUGGCUCGGGGAAAAGCAGCGCAACUGUUUCAAGUGUAUCUGAACUCCUGGAACUGUACGAGGAAGAUCCCGAAGAGGUCCUCUACAAUCUUGGGUUUGGCCGUGAUGAACCAGAUAUUGCUUCUAAGAUUCCAUCGAGAUUUUUCAAUUCGUCGUCCUUUGCCAGGGGGAUAGAUAUCAAAGUGUUUCUGAAUGCCCAGCUGCAGCGCAUGGAAGUGGAAAAUCCGAAUUUUGCUUUGACCAGCCGCUUUCGUCAAAUUGAAGUGCUCACCACUGUGGCCAAUGCAUUCUCUUCCUUGUACUCGCAAGUCUCUGGCACUCCGCUGCAGAAAAUUGGGAGCAUGAAUUCGACCGCUUCCAGCAAAGAGGCACCCAGCCCUCCUCCUCUGACGCGGAGCAACACGGCGAGUCGUUUCAUCAAGACCUUGUCCAAACUUAAUCUGUACGGGAGCCCGCAGGCAGGUGAAGGGGGCAGCAGCCCUGCCGCCUCACCAGUCGAGAAGGGGAAAGCCGAAAGUGGGGCUGAAGAAGCGGAGGCGAAAAAUGAGCCCAAAACUCCAAAACACUUCAAAGCUUCUCUGCUGGCUACAGUAAAAGAGGAGACGCCAAGCAGCCAGUCCACUGCGGCUGAGGGUCUCAAUGCUUCGGGAAUUUCUUCUGAUGGUACUGAAAACAAGGACUCUGUUGAUCAUUCAGAUGAAAAAGCUGCUGCUACGACAUCCAGUGGUAUCGAGAGCGAUGCACUAGUACCAGCCAGUUCUGGGCUCGAAGUUAAUGCCGAACUGCAAAUAACUCCUGCUCCCGUGUUGGAUAAACAGCCCUGCGCUUCAAUAGCCAACCCAUCCAUUGCCAAUCUCAUGUUGCAUCAGAAGGACUCGUUUGAGAUGGAAGAGAUUCAAAGUACGGAAGGAGAGAUUCCACAUGCUCUUAACAUGAGCCAGCUGGCUUUAGCCAAAACCAAGAAAGACCAGCUCUUACGAUCGGCAAGUCAGCAUUCUGACAGCAGUGGUUUUGCCGAGGAUUCUUCCACAGACUGCUUCUUGCUGAAUCAGUUGCAGGGACACGAGUCACUGCAGGCCAUGGGAAGCAGUGCCGACAGCUGCGACAGCGAGACAACGGUGACAUCUUACAGCGAAGAACUCAAAACGCCAAUAGAUGAGCAGUCCUAUUUUAAUGAGCUCGAUGAGGAGAAAUUCCUCCGCACAGAAGUGGAGCAGCGGAGGAGGGAGGCGGUUUCUGGGAGCGACGCCAGAGAAGGUUGGAAAGUUCUAGAAUGCGAAACUGGGCAGGCUGAGACCGGAGGAGAUACAGAGUUUGGCCAAGGAGGGUAUAUUAGAAAAGAUGAAGAUGCUGUCGCACAGGAGGGAGAGUCUGAAGUGCUGGAGGAAGGCAGUGAAGAGAGCGACGCAGAUAAAAGCAGCGAGUACGAAUUCCCUCAGUAUAAAACGCACCACAUUCUUAAAUCGAUGUCCUCUAUAGAAAGCAGCAGUUCAUCUCCUUCGUCCACCGAGCGGGUUAGCGUUGCUUUGCAAAGAGCCCAGAGGAGGGUAAGUGGCUCGUCUGACUCCAGAGCCAGUCGCUCGCUGCUCAAGUCGAAAGACUUUCUUUUCAAGCAAAGGCAUCGGAUCUCUGAGUUGGACUAUCCCUUGAGGCGCUCCCAGUCUCUCCCAUCCGCACUACUAAACCCGGUGAAAGUCGUCUCCUCCGUAAAUGUCCAGCUCGCUCCGGGAAAACAGACAUUUUGUAGCCCCCCGUCUUUUACUUACAAGUACGACACCCCUGAACAGGAGGGGAAGGCGGAGCACACAGAAGAGAAGCCCCCUGAGGAGAGAGACCACAGCCCCCCCAGGUGCAAAUCCACACUUUUCAUUGCACCAUCAUCCCUUAGGAAAGAAGCUUCCCAGCCUGCAUUGAACAAGGCGGCAGACGAACCGUGUCGGAGCAGAAUACAGAGCUGCCCUUUGCAUCUCCCGGCUCAUAUGUCUCAGUCGUCGUGCUCUCUACAUUCCCUUCAGUUUGAUUAUCCAGACAGGCCCUUAUGCGGGCAUAUGAGAACAUUUAGUACGCACAGCAUCCCAAGCACCCCUGGGUCCUCUUGCAGUGGUUUGCCUUCCCCGUUCAGCUGCCCUUACUCACUGAGGCACGCUGGGCACCGGCGCCAAGCUCAUGCCAUGCAUUCGCCCUCCACGGUUGAAAUGCAGCUGAGGAGAGUCUUGCACGACAUCAGGAACUCUUUGCAAAACCUUUCGCAGAACGCUAUGAUGAGAAGUCCUGACAUCACUACAGCCCCCUACAGUACUCAGAGAUCUUCUAUUCUACCUCUCUAUGAAAAUACAUUCCAAGAUCUUCAAGCCGUGAGAAGGAACCUAAACCUGUUUAGAACGCAAAUGAUGGAUUUGGAAUUGUCCAUGUUGCGCCAGCAAACCACUGUUUAUCAGCACAUGACAGAGGAAGAGAGAUACGAAGCUGAUCAGCUCCAGACCCUGAGGAAAUCUGUCCGCAUGGAGCUUCAGGAAUUAGAAAUGCAGUUAGAGGACCGCCUUCUUGCUCUCGAAGAGCAGCUUAGGAAUAUUCACGUGUCUUCACCUUACAGGCAACAAACACUCAUGGGCAUGUAUGGGAGCAGAAGCACUGAUAACUUGUCGUGCCCUUCUUCACUGAAUGUGAUGGAGCCGGUCUCUGAACUCAUUCGAGAACAGUCAUUUCUGAAGUCUGAGUUGAGGUUGGGUCUGGGAGAACUUGGAAUGGAGAUUCCGCCGGCCGACGGCUCAGAAUGCGCCUUUGAUCACGGACAUUCUGACUCCUCUUCAGUGUGUUCCAGUCAAGCCAGCAGAAAAGACAGUGCACACUCAUCUGAGAUGAUGGGGAAGGCCAAGCCCGAAAGCAAAAAAAUCUACCGAGCGUGUGUGGCCUUGAUGCCCUCUCCGCCGGCAAGAGCAGGAACAGGGCAGCCUCCUGAAAGCUCUGAGGGACACACAAAAUCCAGAUCGGAGGUGGAGCAGAAACUUGAAAAGAUCCCUCUUGUGCCUGCGGUUGAAGAAAUUCACAGAAGUGUGGAGAAUGAUGAACUGCAGCAAGUCAUACGAGAGAUCAAAGAAUCUAUCGUCGGUGAAAUCAGACGGGAAAUUGUAAGUGGACUGUUAGCAGCUGUCUCUUCCCCUAGCAGAUCUGCUAAUGCUAAGCAAGAAACGCAACCGUGAAUCGGUACUACAGGUUGGCAUGUGGUCCAGGGACACUGUGGAAUUCUCCUUUUGGAAGGCUAGAUGGACAUGUCUGGCUGCACUCAGGAGGACAGAAGUGAAGGCUACUGUAUACAGUCUGUAGUUGUGUGCUGCUUAAUGUUCCACUUCAGCUCCCUCUGCUACGAUUGGGACACUCUACAUCUUACUACUGCCCAUGAACCAUCUUCCAAGCCUUAAUAUUUAUUUGUACAUUCCUACGGUUCAUUUUUGCAUAGUGUCUUGCUAUUAUUAUUAUUUCUGUGUAGAGGUGUUCCUCGUAAAACUUGAAGACUUCCUCGAUCUACCCCAGUUAUAAAUAGCCUAGAAUUGUCAUUGCUAUUUUAUAUAUAUAUAUAAUGUAAAAACCCACUGACCUCUGUGAGGUAUUUAACUGUGCAAUAACUGAUUCACUCUGAGAGCUUGAAACAACUAUAGUAACUAUUUCCACUGCUGUUACCAAGUGCCACUUCAAAAGAGGAGAGUAACCUGUUGUGUUGUUGUUGUUUGUUGUUGUUGUUGUUGUUUUAAAAUGUUGUAACUCUUGGGAGAAGCUGUUGUUUGCAAAGAGUCUAGAGAGCUAAAUGAACUUAUGUAAAACUACUAAGAACGCUUACACUGAGAGCCUUAUCUCUGAGCAGUAGAUAACUUUUAAAAAUAAAUUUAAAAAAUUGCUUCUUUAAUCUUUCUCCCUGGGGGUGUGUUUUGUAUUGUUUUAAAAAUCCUUAAUAUAUAUUGAUGACUUCUCAAUGGUAUCAGGAGGCGGCCUUUUUCUCCUUUUAAUAAAACAAGUCUAUAAAACACUAGAGGGUUUUUCUAAGUGGAUAAUGCUGUUGUUAUGGGGGAAUCGGAAGGAAUUAUUCCCCCUUUUCUGAAGUUUUACUAUGGCCCAGGGAAAAUGGCAUGUAUCAGAACAGAUGAAAUUGUAUGUUGGCAGGGUUUUUGGUUUAUUUUACAUGUUUUUGGUUUUGUUUUUUUGUCAAUGGGAUGCUAGACAGUCAAGGUUUAAUAAUGUCUGGAUUAUUGCCACUGGGAUUCCUUAUGUUUCUGUGGUUUUGUUUUUUGUUUGUGUUUUUUAAAUAUGUUUUCAACUAAUAAAAUCAAGAUUGUGUUGAAUACAUAAUCAAAACUAGUAGAACUAUAACUAUCUUGUGUGAGAAAAGUCUGCCAAAGUGCAUUUGGAAUGGACAUAAGGGCUUUCAUAUUAAAAGGGGCUGUUAUGCCAAUAAAAUAUUUAUUUUGCCUACAA